UGAUAAAUAAAUUUAAGAAAAUAAUGAGUGACAGUAUUUCAAUUAUUUUAUCACUUAUUGUUAUAUUCAGUAUAUGCAGAGCUAUUCAAGAAAUUGAACUUGAAAGUGAAGAAGAUGACGAUGACAAUAUUUGUGAUCUCCCGAUAGACGAAGGUGACUGCUACAGUGACAGUCUGAGUGACAGUGACGAGGAUAUGAACGGUACCACUGUAUACGGCUACAACAGAAACACGACAAAAUGCGAGGAAUUCAUAUAUGAAGGCUGCGACGGUAAUAAAAACAGAUUUGAUAACACCAACGAGUGCUGGAAGACUUGCUACACGCCAAUAAAAUACUUUCUAGCUAGAGUCACACAGUUAUUAUCUGCACAAUAACAAAUAAAUUACAAUGUUUAAUACAAUAAAAGCAACUCUUAUUUUUCAGAAAAUAGUAAAAAACAAAGUCGCCUUUUCCGUCCCUAUAUCCCUUUGAACGCUUAAAUCUUUUAAACUACUCAACGGAUUGUGAUGCGGUUUU